AUGUAUAAAAUGGAAUAUUCUUACCUCAAUUCCUCUGCCUACGAGUCCUGUAUGGCUGGGAUGGACACCUCGAGCCUGGCUUCAGCUUAUGCUGACUUCAGUUCCUGCAGUCAAGCCAGUGGCUUCCAAUAUAACCCUAUAAGGACCACUUUUGGGGCCACCUCGGGCUGCCCGUCCCUCACUCCAGGAUCCUGCAGCCUCGGCACUCUUAGGGACCAUCAGAGCAGUCCAUACGCAGCAGUUCCUUACAAACUCUUUACGGAUCACGGCGGGCUCAAUGAGAAGAGAAAGCAGCGGCGGAUCCGCACCACGUUUACCAGCGCGCAACUCAAGGAACUCGAAAGGGUCUUCGCGGAGACGCAUUACCCGGACAUCUACACUAGGGAAGAGCUCGCUCUGAAGAUCGACCUCACCGAAGCGCGAGUGCAGGUGUGGUUCCAGAACCGACGGGCCAAAUUCCGGAAGCAGGAGAGGGCGGCGGCGGCGGCCGCGGCCGCGGCCAAGAACGGCUCCUCGGGCAAGAAAUCGGACGCGUCCCGGGACGACGAGAGCAAGGAUGCCAAGAGCACGGACCCGGACAGCACGGGGGGCCCGGGGCCCAACCCUAACCCCACCCCGAGCUGCGGGGCGGGCGGUGGAGGCGGAGGAGGCCCCAGCCCCGCAGGUGCCCCGGGGGCGGCGGGGCCCGGAGGCCCGGGGGGCGAGCCCGGCAAGGGGGGCGCGGCGGCGGCGGCGGCUGCGGCGGCGGCUGCUGCUGCGGCGGCGGCCGCGGCGGCUGCCGGGGGCCUGGCUGCGGCUGGGGGACCGGGACAAGGCUGGGCCCCCGGGCCCGGCCCCAUCACUUCGAUCCCAGAUUCUCUCGGGGGCCCCUUCGCCAGCGUCCUGUCCUCCCUCCAGAGACCCAACGGCGCCAAAGCCGCCUUAGUAAAGAGCAGCAUGUUCUGA